AUGACGGCCGUGACAUACUAUGGCUAUGGACCGUGCACAAGUUCGCCAAGACGAUCACGUUAUACAAUCACAGUGCCUGACAACAUCUCCGUACCACUUGGCCUCUGCGUUCAUGUUCCCUGCCGAUUUACCACUCCUGAUAGAUACAAGCGCAAUGCUGCACCUAUGUAUGGCUAUUGGUUUAGGAUUGUCAGGAACCGAUACUAUUUGAUGUGGAUCAACAUCUGGGCCAUGGGUGAACUUAUGGCCACCAAUGAUAUACGGCAGAAGGCAUCAGAGACCCACAUGAAGUUAACUGGGAAUCCAGCACAAGGCGACUGCUCCUUCAGCAUCAUUAAUGCCGGGUCCCAAGACGGAGGGUGGUACUACUUUCUAAUUGACAAAGGAGGAGGAGGGAAGUACAGGCACACAUUCAUAUCUACUGGUAAAAUAAAAUAUACUAAGCCUCAGGUUAUCCUGACAGAUUUGCCGAAACCCAAGAUCCAGCUCCCAUCGGAGAUAGUUUGGGGGAAUCCAGCCACCUUCAGUUGUGUGACAACAAACAUCUGCUCAAGGGACCAUCCCCAAUUUUUCUGGCCUGCUGACACAAGUAACGGCAGCAUGACUCCGUGGACCAAAGCAGAGAGCAGCUGGGCCUGGACUGCUGGCAUUGAUACCACCUUCAUACCCUCCCUAGAUGAUGAAGGGAGACUCCUUACCUGCCGCAUCACAUACCCUGAAAUAGGAAAAACAGUUGAGAAUACCAUCUACCUCCAAAUGGGCUACAAACCUCAGCCUAUCAGCACCAGACCAGGUAUGGACUGCUGGUAUGUGGACCAAACCCUCUUUUGUCUCUGUUCCUUCUAUUCCUGGCCCCCACCCAAGAUCCAGUGGAACGUGGAUGGAAAGAACUUGACCGAGGACAGGAAAUGA